AUGAACGAGAUUGCCUAUCCUUAAACUUAAUUCCAAAGAUACUCUUCUCGCCAAAUUAACAAGGUUACCUACUAUUGUUAAUCUUUAAAUCCACCAGACAAGGAUGGGCUGGAAAAGAAAAACCAAAUAUAUAAAUGGUAAGUGAGACAAAUUAAUCAAGGUUGAGAAAUUUACCUACUUACCAAUUAGAGCAAGUAUUAUCCUUCACCUCUUAUUACAGAGUUCAUUCCUUUCUAAAAAUGUUUAAAUAAGAUUAAAAUUUGCUUCAUGAAUAUCUAGAAUUGACUUAAUGCCCAUAUGAAGUUAAUGUUAAAAUCUAAUUACAUCAAUAUUAUUAUGUAAGAGAAUGCAAUCGUAUAGAUAUGAAUAAAUCAUGGAGAUCUGCUUAACAAGUAUUUAUAGCAAUUUAAACUUAGUAUAUACUUGAUCAUACUUACAUUUCAGAUUAUGAAUGGCUCUUUGAUACUAUUACUAUUAAAGGCAAUAUUGAGGAAAUUAUUUCAUCUUUUGAAAUUCUAUCCAAACAACAAAUAUUCACUAAAAAUUGGAGAAUCGAGACUAAUGAGGAUGAGGAAUACUCAGAAAUUAAUUUUGAUUCAUAAUAAAAUCAAAAAAUGUUCUGGACCUUAUCAGAACAUAUUGUAAACGAAAUUGAAAAGGCCAUCUUAAUUAAGUAACAUAUUGUAAAUACAACUUAAGAUUCUAAUAAUUUGAACAGAAAUGUACUUAUACUAAAUAGGAUUAAUUAUUUAACUUUCAUUAAAUUGUAUUAAAUUUCAAUGAUUUUAAUUAUGAAAUAGAAACUCAAGAAUUUCAGAAAGUUUUAGAAUAAUCUCAAGUAGAAAUGUAAUUUAUAGAUGAAAAAGUUCUCUUAUAAAGUUGGUUUUAGCAUAUUAAAUGCGAGAAUUUAAAUUUUAUUAAUAUUGAACAAUAAAUUCAUCAAUUUGUAUAAAAUAAAGAUUUGAUAUUUCAAUCUCCUCUUAAAUUAACAAGUAAGUAAUAAUUGAAUAAAUUUUAUAGUUAUGGAAUCUUUAUUGUUUUGUAAAUAUUUAAUUUGUAAAUAAUUAAAAAGUUUAUAUCCAUUAAAGAAACCAGUUGAGGAGAUACUCAAAGAAAAAAAAAAACCAAAAUAAAAGCUAUCUGAUUUGAAAUUAUUCUAAGGUAAAACUGAUUCUUUAAAAUAAAUCAAUUCUUAUUUUACAAGUUCUGAAAAAUCUAAAAUAUUACCUGAAAAUGAAUAAAGGUUAUUUAGUACAAAUUUAGAAGAAAAAGAAUAAUAAAUUUAUGAACAUUCAACAGGUUUUAUGAAAAAAUUGAUUGAAACAGUUCUAACCGAAUUAGAAAAUUAUAAAUAACAUAAAAAGAAACUUAAGAAAGUUAAAAAUGCUAAAAAAUAAUAAGUGGAAAUUGUAUAACCAGAACCUACUGUUUUAGUAAAUCAAGACAUUAUAAAAGAUGAUGAAUGGACAGAUAAACCUAAAUCUAAAAAAUAAAGAAAAAAGCAACUGGAAAAAUAAAGAAAAAAAGAGUAAAAUUAUUAAAUCAUAUUUAUAGUAAUUUAGAAAGAAAGAAAUAAAAAUAAAUGAAUUAAAGUUAAUAAUAAAGUACAUAAUAAGAUGAGAAAUUAGAGAAAUCUUCAAAAUCUUCAAAUAAGGAUGAUGAUGAUACUGAGAAUAAUGAAAAUAAUGAGGAAUUUAUGAUUGAGUAAUAAUAGUAGAAGAUUGAAAUUAUUGAGAAGAUUUCUUAAGAAAUUCCAACAAAUAGUAAUCUAUCUAUACCUGAUGAUGAAAGUGAAUACAUUGAAGUUUAAAAUAAAAAGCAAUAAAAGAAAUAAAGCAAACCAAAGUCAUCAAGAAACAAAAAAUAAGUAAGCAAGAAGGAUAAAGAAUUUUAAGAUAAUUAAUCAUUACCUGAUGAAUAACAAUAUAUUCCAGCCUUAAAAAAAUCUACUUCUUAAUCAGUUUAAAAAAAUAAUCAUCAUUAAUAUGUCGAGAUUAAGUUAGAGAGAAUGCAAUCUUAAUAGUAAAGUAGAAUGAUUUUAUAGAAAAAAGAAAAUGGAAUAAAUAAAAUAUAAAGAUCAGGUUUAGUUAAAUCAAAAGCUUAACAAAAAGAAUAAAAAUUAUAUACAUAUGAUUUAGAUUAAACUUAGUUGUAAAAGAUUUAUAAAACAAUUUUGGAAUAAAAAAUAACAAAUGAUGUUAAAUAAAUAUAUUAAAAAGAAAUAGAUUAAUUUAAUAGAUAUAAAGCAGCAAGAGAUAUUUCGAUUUAAAGAGUUUAACAUGUAAUAAAAUCAUAUUUUAAAAAUUGUGACACUGAAAUCUUUGGAUCAUCUACAACUGGUUUAGCUUUAAAAGAUAGUGAUGUAGAUAUGGUUGUUUAUGGUUUACAAGUAUUUACAAAAUAGUAAUUGUUUGAACCUAUGAGAAGAUUGAUUGAGAUAUUUACUGAAUUGAAAUGGGCUGUAUAAUGCAAGUAUAUUAUUUAAAUUAAUAUGUAAUAGACAUAUCUUUUAAGCUUCAGUACCUCUUAUAAAGGUUUUAGUGGAUCCUUCUAUAGACUUUCUUUCCUUCAAAGGAGAGCCAAAGUAUGUUAUUAUGCAAUGCAGAAAUCUAGAUCUCAAUUUAAAAUAUGGAGAUUCAAGUAAUUUUGAGUCUGACUUUAGGUUAACAUAUCUUCAUUGAUAUUACUUUUGAAUUGGCUCCUCCAUAUGCUAUAUAUAAUCCAUAUAUUUAAGCAUUUAAUAUUGGUCUUUAAUCUACACAAUAUACGAUUGAUAUUUGUGAAAAAAUAUAAGGGUUUUCAGAAGUAGCAAUAUAUCUAAAAAAAUUACUCAAGAUUAAAGAUCUUAAUGAUUCAUAUACUGGUGGUAUUAGUUCAUUCUGUUUAACUAUAAUGUUGGCUGCAAUAGGAUAAGAUCAUAGUAUAGGUUAAAAACUUAUUAAUUUCUUACAUAAAUAUGGAUGUAAUUUUGAUCCCAAUAAAUGGGCCAUCUAUUUAGAUGAAAAAGGUUAAAAUAAUUUUUAUAAUAUUGAAGACGAAUAAUCAAAUCAACCACUAACUAUUAUAUCACCAAUCAAUUUAUAAAAAAUUCAAAUCAAUGUAACAAAAAUAUAAACAAUUUUAUAAUUAUUUCAACAAUUAUAUAUUGAAAUAAUGCAGAAUAUUGAUUAGAUUGAAUCUUGUCUGUAGAAAUAAAUCAACCAAAAAGAAUUAUUGGACAAUUUUAAUAGUCACUAAAUAUAAAAAUUAGUUGACCUUGUCUUUUGGCAAUGUCCUAAUCUACUAGAAAGCCACAUUUAAUGA